AUGGAAAAAUUUACUAAAUGGAGGGACGAAGGAACAGGAUUGGCACCUUUUUUUCAGAAUUCAUUUGAAAUAGAGUCUCCAAAAUGUUUUUUUUUAAUUUUUGGAUCAUUUCUAUACAUAAUACGACAUUUAUUUAUAUUUUUUCUUUUUAUUAAUUAUUUUAUAUUUGUUCAUAUGUUACUUUCGCCUAUUUUUCAGCCAAUAUUUCCUAGGUUGGUUCAUUUUGUUAAAAAAAUAUUUAUAGGUAGUGUUUUUUUUUUAUGUGGAAUCUCUCUAUCAUCAGUUCAAAUUAAUUAUACAAAGAAAAAAAAGAUAUUUCCAUGUGCACAAAAUAUCAUAAUUUCAUGUUAUUGUUCUCCUUUAGAUAUUUUGUGCCUGUCUUUUAACUACAAUCCUAUAUUUACAAUUUCUUUCUCUAAUACAUCAUUUGUUCAGCAUGUUUCUGGGAUAAAAGCACUAUUUUAUACAUUUUCAAUGCCAGAAAGAUCUCCAUAUAAAAAUUAUAUGACACUGGACAGUUUAUCAAAAUUAUAUCCAAAUAGAAUUAUUUGUGUUUUUCCAGAGGGAACUACUUCUAAUGGUAGUGGAUUGCUUUUAUUUACGCAAAGCCUUGAAUCAGUUGCACCUAAAACUAAGAUUUUCCCUUUAUCUAUUAAAUAUGGAAAUUAUCUCACAACACCCCUUCCAAGGUCUUUUUUUAAAUUUUUAUUCCGAUUUACAUUUAAAUUAAGACACAACUUUCAAAUAAAAAUCUCAGAAACACCUAUUAUUGUAGAACAUCCUGAAAAACUUAGAGAAAUAGCCUCUGCUGCUCUUUCAAGAUUAUCUAAGGUACCUAGACUUGGAUUGGGUGUUAAUGAAAAGAUAUCCUUUUUAAAAGCAUGGAAAACCUUUUCAAAAUGCUGA